AUGUCGGCAGAAAGCCCUGGCCAGAAGAAUGGCUUCAAGUCGUUUUUCUCCAACGCAUUGCGUCCCAAGAAAUCCCGCCAAACCCUCCGCAAGGGCAGCAGAUCAUCCUCCACAGACCUACGGCUGGCCGUGGAGACCAGUGUCGAGGAAGCCCCUCCAAUGCCAGAGUUAGCUCCAUUGGCUCUUCAUAGACUUAAAUACAAGGAAUUGCAUGCGCAAGUGGACAGCCAACUGGGUGAGCGACGGGACUACACAGAAAUCAUCCAUACGCUAGGAACAUCUGACGUCAACGAGAUUCACCCUCCAACAUACGAGCACAAUGACCGUCGACCGCCAGGCGAAGGCGAUAUAGCAAGUCUGCCACCAAAGCUAUGGGCACAUAUAGCGGGAUACCUGAAUCCCGCCGAAGCCGCAAGCCUAGCAAUGGCCAGCAUCACAUUAUACCGAAGACUAGGCUCCGGAUACCUCAAGGCUCUAGCGCACCCAGACAACCAAAUCGAGAAGAUCAAUUUCCUCGUCGGAAUGGACAUCUCCGUCCCACACCACCUCCUUUGCAUCCCGUGUGUAAAGUACCACAGACGCACGAAAGAAGGAACCGAACGCAUCCGCCCAACCCACAUCCUAAACCCGCUCUUCGACUGCCCAAACUCCACAAACGUCCUGAACCCCCCACCUCGUCACCGCAUGACGCACGGCCGCAACUUGCCCUUCACAUUCGUGCAGCUCGUCAUGCGCGCCCACCGCUUCGGUCCCAGCUACGGCCUGGCCCCGGAAUCGCUGGGCCGCCGCUGGCAGCGCGACAACUGGUCGCACAGCACACGCUUCCACGUCCACGCCGGCAGGCUCUUACUCCGCGUCACCAGCCAGACCUUCGCGGCGCCGGGUUUAACGGCGUCCGGGCAGCGCAUGCUGCUUCACUCGCGCGAGGACUACUGUCCGUACUUUAGCGCGUGCGCGCACUGGCGCGACGGCGAGCUGAUGCCGGCAUGUAAGUGUGCGCUGGAGCAUAUUCCGCGGCCGCGGAGUACGGGCGGAUUGCAAGGGCUCGAGCACCGGGUCAAGGACCGCAUGGCGGGGCAGGCGUUUGAUCCGAACGCGCUGACGACGCUGUGUGGGUUCUGCCGGCCGAUGCGGAGAUGUCCCCAGUGUCCGACUGAGUAUUUGAUUGAGGUUAAGUUGACUGAAGAUCUGGAUGAUCGCAGGUUCAAGCAGUGUAUUGUUGUUACGCGGUGGAGUGAUCUUGGGGAUGGGACUACGCCUAGUGGACUGGAGUGGGCGGCUAUUAAUGGGAAGACGGAUGAUUAUGAUUCUUUCGCGCACUAUGCUAAACGUGGGAUUGCUAGCAUCUUUGAGGCGGCCUUCACUGCGGAUACGCUUCCUGGGCAGCGGAUUGUUUCAUUGAAUCCGAAGAAGAAGUCGCUUGGGGAGGACGGUCAUAGGUGGUAUUAG